CCCACACCUCCAGACACCAGCGAGUGAUCUGUCUUGAGAUCAAAACCAGAAUCCUAGUAGACGAGCUGCGUGCUCGCUGUGGAUGCCCUGCGCCCUGAGAGUCUUGUCCUGGAUCACACGGGUGUGUCCACAAACGAGGCCCAGCAGCCCCGGAGGAGCCCCACGUCUCUCCCUACCGGCCAUGCAUCCAGGAGCGCAGCUUGCCUCCCAGUCAGUUCCCUCAUCUCUAAAAUAGGACCACACAGAUCUCAGGGCACAUUGGUUGAAUGUCAACCUGUGUUUCUGUAAAAACUAUGGCUACUCAGCACCACAGAGAGGCAAGAGAGCAUGAAGGUGUCCCUGUUUGAGCUCCCAGCUUCCCGGUACCAGGUGACACUGGGGGGCCUGUUUUACUUAUGGAAUUCCCAGCUUCCCUAAUGUCAGAUGACACCUUGGGGCAGGAUUUACUUAUGGAAUUCCCAGUUUCACAGCGUUAGGUGACACUGUGGGGUGGGUUUUACAGAUGGAAUGAGAAAGAGGUAAGGUGUGUUCCUCCAGAUCCAGACCCUAAACACCUCCCUCUUAGGGUCCUCCAUGUUCUUUUCCUCUCUCUGGUUAUGGAAUAAAAACAGCCCUUGGAAAGUGUGUUGAAGGUGCCAGAGCCCUUCUCCCUGUUGCCUUGUGUGUAGACCUCAGCUCUGCUUAAGUAGUUUGAAGCGUGUUUGUCAUGGCCGUCAGCCUAUCCUCGCUAAUCUUCCAUUAUUUGAGAUGAUUGAUUUAAAAAAUAGCUCACAUAGUAAGUACUCAAUAUGGUGACUUAUUUUUGCAACAAUUCCCUUGAGAUAUAUCAAGCAAGACAAACAUUCUAUAAAAGGUUAUGUUCUCAAUUAUAAUGGACUAGAGAGGAACCCAAAAAUAAAUAGAACACUUCACAUAUUCCAGACAGAAAAGGUUUAAAAAAUGUAUGUUGGUCAAGACUCUUAAGAUAUGAACUACUUCUAAAAAUAUUUGUUUUUCAGAGUUAGAACUUUAAGUUUGGAGAAUCUUCCUAAAUUUAACUGGAGUGAGAACUGAAGUGGUGGCAAAGAAGGAUGCUCAGGGCACCGCACACGAGAGAGAAGGCUCAACAGCUGCAGAGGUCUUCCCUCCACUUCCCUCCCUCUUCCACCCCAUCCUCCCUGCAUCUACGGGCUGCCCAGCGCUUGGUGAGGGUCUCCCAUGAAGAUGGCGUUGGGCCCCUCACCUCUGGGGGUGCUCAGGCCUCGGCAGAGCACUCCCUGCUUCCCUCUCCCCCACCUUUACCUCCUGACUCCUUUUGCUCGACUAGAAUCUCUCACCUUCCCACCUUCCCAUACACCUGUGAACUGCACCUGUCUCCUGGCAGGCCCUCGGUUCCUCACAUCCGCACCCAGUGAACACACGGCUGCUUCCUGUUUAAACACAGACUUAAAUCUCCUCUCAUAAAAUGUAUUGAGUCAAUGGUGCAUGAAAGCUUUUCUUAGGAGCUGUUGUGUGCAGCGCAGAAUGAGGUGCCACGGAUGUGCAGGAAGGAACAAAGGUCCCCACACAUAGACAUUGCAGUGGAGCGUGGCGGAUGUUGCAGCUACUCAGUAUCGGGCAGAAACGGAAGGGACAGUGUCUGCAGAGAGGAGGAUGGGGCAGUUUCACCAAGAUCAUCACAGGGAUCAGAGUCAGGGAGAGAUGAGACAGUGCAAAGCAGUCGCUCAUGGGGGUCAGGCAGCCUGGACCUGAGCCCUGGCUCAGUCACUCACAGGACCCCAGGGGAAGUUCUCUUCUCUUUGCCUCAAUGUCCUGAUCUUUAAAACACAGAUAAUUACAGAGCCCACUUCUUCAGGCUGCUGUGAGGAUUAAGAAGGCUGGUAUGCGGAGGUGCUUAGAGCUCUGUCGGCCCAUCAGCCCUGAACAGCCUCCACUGACAUUGUUUGGAAGAUGAGGAGCCAUCACAUGACAGAAGGAGAAAUAGAGGAAUGGGUGCCCUUGGCAGCCUGAAGGGCUCACCGGGAGAUGGGGUAAAGGGUGUUCUCGGCACCCCAAAUGGCUCACAGGGAGAUGAAGGAAAGGGUGUUCUCGGCACCCCGAAUUGCUCACAGGUGUGAAACACCAUGGGGAUGAGGCAGCUCAGGAUGGCUAGGAGGAGAUGCUCCCAGAGCCAGGAGUAGGGCCAGGCCUGGGGGAACUGUGGAGCAUGGCAGGAGUCCCUCCCUCAGGAGCCUCUUCCCUGGGCCUAGGGGAACUGCGGAGUGUGCCUCCUCGCUCUGUCCUCCCUGCCGGCCGGCCGCGGUCUCCCUCACGGAAUCCUUCAUAUUCCAUGGCCCCUUGGCGGCUGGUGACCUGGAGCUGCUCCCUCUGCACCUCCCGCAUGCACCCGCAUGUCACCGGGGCUGGAGUAAGGCUCCCACGCUGCUGUCUUCCCCACAGCCUGACAGCUGAGCGUUGGGGACAAAAGUGUGCCCUCCCCUCCAGUGGCUGACACGUGGUCUCCAAUUCCCUGUGUGUCCUUAGCAUGGCUGUGAUUCCCUUGGAAUCCCCUCUCCUGAAGGCGUCCCAGACACCACCACGCCCUGCAGCCCCGCUCAGGUGUCCGACUCAUGUGUGAACGACUCCCAUGAAGUCCUUGUCCAGAUGGACCAGAUGGAGCUCUGCUCCGAGGACCCUCGGCUCCCCAGUGCAUUUACGUCCACAUUUGUCCAGCUUGUCUGUGGUUUCCUGACCUCUACCAAGAUCUGUCUCCAUCUGGUCCUCCUGCCGCCUUCUGUAUCUUUAACCCAUUUCUUCCUCCUGGAUUUUUCCUCUUCAGACAAAGGCCAGACCCACAUUUCUCUGUGCCCGUGAGGUCCUGCCCACUCCCGUGCCUUUCCAGCUACUGCCAGCAUUGUUCUUCUCCUCUCGUCUGGUCUGCGUUUCUAGAACCAUUAGUCGUGUCCUCUAUGACCCCCUGAACUUUCCAUCCGGCUCUUGUCCUAUCUCAUUUUGGUUUUGGUGCCUGAUCUUUUCCCUAAACUCUCCACAAAGCGCCUCAGUUGCAUUCCCACGACCAAUACCCCAAAUGAGUCCAGCAUCAUUUUGAACUCUGCACCACGCCGGCCUCUCGCCACUUUCCCCGUAUUGUGCAUGUUCUUUUCUUUGGAAGCUUCUGCACAUCACGGCGCCCCUAACACCACCGUGAAGCUCCGUCUUCGUCACGGCCUCUCCGCCUCCACCUGUCACAAAUGUGUGCAUCUCCCGGGGUGUCUCUGCUGCCGCUCUUCUCCGUGGACCCCUGGUCCCAGGGCAAACCCACAGGGUCAAGUGUGACCUGAGUGCUGCCGAUUGCCGAUUCCCGAUUCCUACACAGCUGUCCCUCAGACACCUCCCGAGGUCCGUUCCCAGCUGUUGGGUGGAUAUUCCCACCUCAAAGUCCCACAGAAUCUCAGAAUCUCAAGCUCACGUAUUUAAAAUGAAAUCACCAUCUUUCCCCACUUUCAUGGUGUGAGUAUUUGUGUCCCUCGAGGUUCCUGUGUUGAAGUCCUAACCGCUGGGUGUGUUUGGAGCUGGGGCCUCUAAGGGAAUAAUUCACGUAAAUGGUCUUGUAGGGGUGGGGUCCUGAUCUGACGGGAUCAGAGUCCUGACGAGAGGAGACACCAGCGAGCCUGCUCUCUCCCCGCCUUGUGAGGACGCAGUGAGAAGGCCCCUGUCUGCUGACCGGGAAGAGAGGCCUCCCCAGAAACCAGAUCAGCUGGAGCCUGACCUCAGACUUCCGGCCCAGGACAGGGGAUAGAGGUCAGUUGUUCAAGCCACCUGGCCCAGGGUAUUUUUUCGUGACAGCUGAGCAGACUAAGAUCCCCAUGGCAGUCAAGGCUUCAUUCUUUCCAUCUUCCCAACUGCCGCAUUGCCACCCGUGCAGCUGCUGAGGUUGGGGCCACCUCUCCCGCCAGGAUUCACCCACCAGGCCCUGCUGGUUCAACUUCCUCGGCAGUCCUGUAAUCUGUCCUUCCUUUCAUGUCGGAGGUCCAGCCCUCAUCAUGCCUCACUUGGGUCCACGGGAAUGGCUUGACGUGUCUGCCCGCCCGUCUGCUCCAGGUCUCCUCCACAGCCACCAACGUGGCACAUUCGAAGCCCAGACUCCAAGAGUCACUUAAAGUCCUUGACGUAACCUUCCUCCCUGUGGUGAGCUGCGCCUUUCUUCAAAAUUCAGCUCCUGUCUUGGCUCCUGAAGGGCCCUGGCCUGUUCGCCCCAUCUGGACUAGACAUUUCUCCUCUGUGAUGCUGAUGGCUGGCCUGGCACUAUGUUGCAGCAUCUGUAAUCUCCUUCACCCAAGUCCACAGCAUUCUCUAAAACAUGGUCUCUUCUCUCCUCUAAAGAGCAGGCCGUGGUACUCAACUUUGUAAACCAGACCUGGCCGGAGAUCAGUGAUGCCGGUGGAGGCACGUCUGCCUGUGUCGGUGGAAUGAGCUGAAUGAAUGACACGUCUGUUGGGGGCUUAGAGGAGGGUGAGCUGCAGGUUGAGCUCUCCUCCAGCACAGACCCCAAGGGUCUCAAGUCCUAGGAAGCCUCCUCAGAUUCCUCUGAGUCUAAAGCCAGUGUCCCCCACAGCGUGCGCCGGUGGCACUGCAUCCGUGGUUGGCCUCGCCCUAGUGCCCGCAUCCGAGGCUUUAUGUGAGUCUGUUCCCUCACUGUGAGGUUCUGGGCUCAGGGAGUGAGUGUUAGGUCUCGCUUACCAUCACCACUCUAGGCUCUGCCACUUCUGCUAUGUGGCUCGGCCUUAGCACCUGUCCAGAAUGCUUGCUGGGGGUCUGCAUGGGCCGAAUGGUCCCUGGUCAUGGCCUGGUACUGUCCUCAGUCUGUGUUCACUGGGACUGAGGACACCCUCCCGUCCUGAGCCAUCCGCUCUGCCACUUCCUCGUGUAUAAAAUCAGCAUUUUCUACCCGACUUCUGUUGUGGUAGAAUUGUCCCUGCCUCCUCCGUCCGGGGCUUCUCCAUGUGCCUCCGGUUCUCCCCCUCAUUUAUGGGAGGGAUUGGCCUUUACGCCUGACCUGAGGGUCUCGUCAUAGCUGCUUUUACAACCACAACAUGGCAUCUGCCCCAAAGGUCAUGGCACCACGUAUGCACGCGCCCAGGAGCCAGGAUGGGGCCUUGACUUUUAAUCUUAGACAUUGCUUUUCUAGAAAGACCUGGCCAACCCUAAAGAUAAAACGUUUUCUAUUUCUCUUACAUCAGUCCUGCUUUUCUCAGACAGGACUCAGCUCAGGGAACAGGCUCAGGCAAAGGAGCCUUCCUGCCUAACCCUCAACACAGAAAGGACAGCGGCCAUGCCAGGACUCACCGGGAAGUGAAGUGGAAACGAUUUCACAGCAAAUGGGGUGGGUGACCAGGGGCUCCUGUCAGGUCUGAGACCCAGGAGUGGGCUGGGCGUGUGAGCAGGGCCCCAAACCAUGGACAUUGGUUCCUGCUUCCUCUACUGUUUAUAUUUUGGUACCUGCUUGAAAGCAGUUCUUCAUCAUCUGGCUAGACUGUCACAGUUUGGGGGAAAAGAGAAAUAAAACAGGCAGCUUCUGUUUCAAUCUUUUUUUGCUGCUGCUUCUAACCGCUGCUUCGUUUGCAUAGCGGGUGGGAUGUACAGGGGCCCUCCAAACUCCAAUCUUGACGUGUCCGCGGGGGCUUUGUGGGACGCUUCUGCUAGCCCAAGCCCUGGAAGGUUUGGGAAAACUGCCAGGCAGUCCCGGCAGUCUGGGCAAGGCCAGGGCUUCCGAGGAAACAGAAAUGUCUGAGGCUUUCUAAUGCGUGUAUUUCUGUGCGCUUAGCUGUGUUCUUGCUGGGUAUUAAUAUUUUUACACUUUCAGAAAAUAAUAUUCCGCCUGUCUAAUAAAAUUGAUGAAGAUUUGAUCAACAGAGAAAAACCAUGGUCAACACAUGAUGGAAUAUUAUUCAGUCUUAAAAGGGAAGGAAGCUCGGACACGUGCUACAAGCCCUCAAGCCCAUGUGCUUGAGGACAUGGACUCCGUGAAAUAAGACGGUCACAAAAAAGCAAACCCCGUGGGAUUUUACUUAUACGAGGUCCCCAGAAGUGUCAGAUUCACAGAGGCAGAAAGCGCAGUGUGGGUGCAGGGGCCAGGCAGCUGAGGAAGGGGGAGUCAGUGUUGAAUGGAGACAGGGUCUCGAUGGAGAUGGAAGAGUUGGAGAGAUCAGCUUCACAACAGCGUGAAUACAGGUACUCCUCGACAUACCAUGGGGAUGCAUACAGGUACUCCUCCACAUACCACGCGGAUGGAUACAGGUACUCCUCGACAUACCAUGGGGAUGCAUACAGGUACUCCUCGGCAUACCACGGGGAUGGAUACAGGUACUCCUCCACAUACCACGUGGAUGGAUACAGGUACUCCUCCACAUACCACGGGGAUGGAUACAGGUACUCCUCCACAUACCACGGGGAUGGAUACACGUACUCCUCGACAUACCACAGGGAUGGAUACAGGUACUCCUCCACAUACCACGGGGAUGGAUACACGUACUCCUCCACAUACCAUGGGGAUAGAUACAGGUACUCCUCGACAUACCAUGGGGAUGCAUACAGGUACUCCUCCACAUACCACGCGGAUGGAUACAGGUACUCCUCGGCAUACCACGGGGAUGGAUACAGGUACUCCUCGGCAUACCACGGGGAUGGAUACAGGUACUCCUCCACAUACCACGGGGAUGGAUACAGGUACUCCUCCACAUACCACGGGGAUGGAUACAGGUACUCCUCCACAUACCACGGGGAUGCACACAGGUACUCCUUGACAUACCACGGGGAUGCAUACAGGUCCUCCUCCACAUACCACGGAGAUAGAUACAGGUACUCCUCCACAUAUCACGGGGAUGGAUACAGGUACUCCUCCACAUAUCACGGGGAUGGAUACAGGUACUCCUCCACAUACCACGGGGAUGGAUACACGUACUCCUCCACAUACCAUGGGGAUGGAUACAGGUACUCCUCGAAUACCAUGGGGAUGGACACAGGUACUCCUCCACAUACCAUGGGGUCAGCAUCCCCAUAUAGCCAUCUUAAGUUGAAAAUACUGUAUCUUGAAAAUAUUUUAAGUCAAAAAUGCGUUUACUAAUUGUACUGACUCAACAUCAUAGCUUAGCCUAGCCCACCUUAAACGCACUCAGAACACUUACAUCAGUCCACAGCUGGGCAGAGUCAACUUACACAAGGCCUAGUUAUACAAAAGUGUUGAAUAUCUCAUGUAAUUUAUUGAAUACCAUAUGCAAGUGAAAAAGAAUGGUUGCGUGGAUACUCAAAGUGCCAUUUCUACCAAGUGUAUAUUGCUCUUGCACCAUUGCAAGAUCGAAAAAUUGUAAGUCGAGGACCAUCUGUAUACCUAACACUACUGAACCAUACACCUAAAGAUGAGUGUGUUAAUAUUUUACCACAACUAUAAAAACAGAACAGAACAGAACCCAGGUCCGCCGUGCUCAGGCCUGGACUGCCCCUUUUUCCCUUGUGCUGCUGCCCCGGGUUUUCCUUUGCUGCACAAACAGGGGUGCUGGUCUCCGGGCAAACACGCCCAGAGCCCUGUGACACACAGGGAGGUCCCCUUUCCUCCUCGGAGGUGGCUGAAGCCAGGAGUUCAGAGAGUUCUGAUGGUGCCUUUUAGUACAAUGGAGGAGUGUCAACAUUUUCGUGCAGCUCAGCCAGCCCACGGCAGGGCUGUAGCAAGAGCUGCCUAGCACGCUGACAUUUCCACCUCCACACCCCGCACGUGAAUACUGAUACCUGGGCCUGGAGCCUGUGGCCUCUCCCAUCAAGCUGUGGCCCUGCAGGGUAGGUGGGGCAUGGGCAGCUGGAGUCAUUUCUAUCAUGCCUGGACUUCUGUGGGCCCUCCAGGGACCUGGGAUCCUGAAAGAGGAGGCUCUGAGCCCUGGGCAAGGGUGGGUGGCAACCAGGUGGGAGUGAAGUGAGAGGCAUACAGCUUUGUAGAGAUGGGAGCUUCCAGCAUUGCAAAUUCUCUGAGUAACACGAGCCUGUAAGCUGUGAUUUUACUUACUAAUGUGGCCUGGGCCCCAAGAUUCCAUCAGCCUGUACCCCAAGAUUCCAUCAGCUUGUGCCCCCAAAUUCUACCAGCCUGCACCCCAAGAUUCCAUCAACCUGCCACCAAGAUUCCAUCAGCCUGUGCCUCAAGAUUCCAUCAGCCUGAACCCCAAGAUUCCAUCAACCUGCCCCCAAGAUUCCAUUAGCCUGCACCCCAACAUUCCAUCAGCCUGUGCCCCCAAAUUCCACUAGUCUGCAUCCCAACAUUCCAUCAGCCUGUGCCCCAACAUUCCAUCAGCCUGUACCCCAACGUUCCAUCAGCCUGCACUCAAUAUUCCAUCAGCUUGUACCCCAAGAUUCCAUCAGCCUGCUCCCCAAGAUUCCAUCAGCCUGUUCCCCAAGAUUCCAUCAGCCUGCUCCCCAAGAUUCCAUCAGCCUGUUCCCCAAGAUUCCAUCAGCCUGCUCCCCAAGAUUCCAUCAGCCUGUUCCCCAAGAUUCCAUCAGCCUGCUCCCCAAGAUUCCAUCAGCCUGUUCCCCAAGAUUCCAUCAGCUUGUCGAGGCCAGUGCAUGCAUCUCAACAUGCUCUCGCUCUGUGCCCGGGAUCCUGGGGAAGAGGCUCCCUUUGGAGAAAAGAAACAGGGAAGGGUGGAAAUUGAGGUGAGGCUGGCAACAGAGUAGACAGAGGUGUGUGGGUGAGGUUCUAGCUGCAGAAAUUCACGCCUGGCAUUUGGGAAGGGGUGACCUGGGGCGGGGUCCUGCUUCCCACUUCAGUGGCUCCCGAGCUCUAAGCCUCCCCCAUGGAACAAGCGGCAGCACAGAGUCCUUGGUGGAGGGCUGUCCUCUGGCCCUAACAUGCAAUGCAACCAGAGGCUGGGGAGUGGGAGGGAACAGUACUUAUCUGGCACCUGGUAUUUGCUGCUUAAAUCAAAUGGGCAAAGUCUCAGCAGGAGGAAAGCUAAAGCGCCAGGCUCCGCAGAGGCAGCUCUGAACCAGUGCCACCCCUGGAGUGCAGAAAUGCUCACGUGAGAGGAUGGAACUGUUUUCGUCUGUGUCAGGCCAGCAAAACAUACAAGCCCUUACUCAUAGGUCAAAUGGGCAGCGUUUUUACAAAAUUUUUAAACAUUUUAUUAAUGGUGAAAGGUUUGGGAAAGUAGACACUUUUUUGGAGGGCAUUUUGGCACAAUCUGUCAAAAUUUGAAAGCUAGCAUUCUUGUUUCCAGGAAUAUAUCCUGAAGAUCUGCUUGCACAAGGACAUGGAGUUGUGUGUGGAAGGACGUUCACGUGGAGUUCUUUGUAACAAUCAAACCUGGACAGGACACCGGGCGGCACGCACGGCAGCAGGCUCACUGGGGAGGGUGACGUGGCUCUGUGAUACCCUGGGGUUCCGUGCACCUAACAAGGAACGCCCCGUCUGCUGGGCCCUGGGUGGUCCUGGUGAGCAGCCAAGGCCCCUGUCCUCAUGCAGGGUUCUGGGAGACACUGAGAUCCAUGUGUAUAAAUAGGGGUGCUUUUCAGUUCCAGAGAAGACAGGAACUGCCUGCCUUUGAGAAGGGAGUUGAGAGAUCAGGUACGGGAAAGGACAUUCAAUUUCUUUCUCUCUCUCUCUCUCUCUCUCUCAAUUUUUU